AUGGCCCGAAACUUCUUUAGCGAAGACCACCAAAGGGCAGACUCAAAUGUUUUUUGGCCAGGUAAAUUAAAGGUUUUGUUGAUCAGGGCUUGGAUGAAGUUAAGCUUAUACAAUGUACUCUUAAGCUCAUGACUUUAAAUAUUUUCUUAGGAAAAAAUGGGACGUAAAAGGGCGAUCAUUUCUUCUAUUUUGAUGACUAAAAUGUUUGGUAAAGCAGCAGUUUUGAAAGCUGAAGCCCUGGGAGAAUUAGUUUGGAAUAAGGGAAGCACGUGUGCUUUUAAUUGCUGGUUUGCACGUGACGUCACGGCGGCCAUGUUGGUGGUCAAGAACAAAAGCAUUUCUCUCCUCUGGGAACUAAACUCUAUUUUCAUGUAAAUUCUUCGAGAAAAAACUCUAUUGCAUUGACCCCCAACAUGGCCGCCUUGUCACGUGGUUGCAAAUCAAGAAUUUAGUUUAUAUGAACGUUCAAUAAUAUACAGUGUAAAUGGGACUUUUGAAGACGCUAGUAGUAUCACGAUACAAUUUCAAUGGACUUUGCUAAGAAAUACAUGUAAGGAUAUAUAUAUUGAUGGUUUUCACAGUGAUGUCAUCAAAUUGCAAAGUCAAAAAAGCCAGGUUUUACGAAUUCGUAUUUACACUGUGUUCAAGACAAAUAGAAAAUAAAUAUUUGUACAAGUUUCCAGUCCCUUUGCAUGUUUCAUUUCGAAAAUACAGCAUUUUUUACUUUCGAGUUUUCACAGUGCCUGACACCAAAAUAGGAAUGCUGUCUCAUUGAAAAAAGUCUCUCCUCUUGAUUUCAGCAGUUUAACCAUUUCAGGUAUUAAGGGUGUGUCCAUGAGAGAACCAGGCAGGAGGUGAUAAUGCUCAAAUCACGGAUUUCGCUCAAACGAAAUGAGAUAUUAACCUCGACAAAAAAUAAGGUCGCAAUAUUGAAUUCCCUGGGAUUUACAGGGACCCCCUCUAAAAACGACAAAAUCUACUCAUUUUUGCAUAAUUAAUUAGCUGACUUUGGUUUGGCUGUUCAGCAAGAAGAAAAGACAACUUCAAAUCUAAUCAACUUUAUCAUCUUCUAUGUUUAUCAAACUUAAUGCUCAGUAACUUAUUUUUACUCUCUAAUUCGAUCUCUUCCUAUUAUUUAGCCUAAAGUAAGGACAUCUUCUCACUGUUUUGACCAAACCCUAAAUUUAAGGUAUUUUAGUGGCUAACAUCUCCCAUGAGCAACAACCUAUGUACUUAAUUCUCACAUAUUCUUUGAAAGACAUCUUUAAGGUUAUCAAAUCAAUCAUAAAAUAUUUGGGCAAUCUCAUACUUUAUCAAUAAUGACGUAUUAUGUACAUCUAACUUGACGCUUAUUUGUCAUUUGACCAAAAUUGGAAGAAACGUAACAUUCGUUUUUUUAAACAAAAAUAGCACAAAGUUGACGAGAAGUCACAAAUCAGAUGCGUCAUUAUCGAUACUAAUAGCGGAAUUGUUAGAACGUGUCACCUGAGGCAUGUUUUCUGUGUUAUUUAUGGACGUUUGGAUGGAUAUUUUAUGGAACGCUUGAGUAAACACAAGGAGCAAAAUAGUUAGUUCAAAACUUCGAUCGGUCCAACUUGCAGGUGAAGCAAGACCCAACAACGAUAAAAGAUAGCGAAUAAAUGCUACAUACACGUCUCUCAGGUGCUUUAGUCCAGACUUGCCGCUCCAGUUUCGUCUGGUCCUUUGUGGCGUUACUUCUUGACGAGGUAAUGAAAUCGAAACAUCUUGAAACAUUGCAGAAUUAAAAGUGUCGGCUUUUCACCGAACAUUCGAAGUCUUUGAAAAAUGUUGUAGUCAGAAAGAACAAAAUCAUUCUCAAAGGACAAGAAGGAUCACUGACAAUCUGUCUAUAUCUACAACCACCUGCUCGAACACCCUCCAUCUUGACUUUAGACUCUGCCAAAAGGAUGGAAUGUGUGACGCCGGACUACCGGACUCCGGAAUGCGGAAUACGCUAUCUAUUGUUGUACGCGCCAAUAUCCUGUUAUAACUGGUGUGUUGAAAAUAGGUUGUGAAAGUCGUGUUACUUCAAAUUUUGAGUUUAUUCGAUGUUGACAUUAAUUACCAUGAUAAUAAUGGUCCAUAAUAGCCCUUUUUGUAGUCAGACCGUGCCAUGCAAUUUUUAGACAAUUAAUGCCUUGCCACUGCGUUACUUAGUUGUAUUUUAAUCCUCGUAGUCUUACAACUAUACAGGUUGGUAUCUGUAUCUGGGUAUAUUAUUGACUACAAAAAUAUAAUAAUCACCGUUUAUAAACGUGUUGAGGAAAAACUUCUGAGGAAUACAAAAGACCCAAAAGGGGGCACUAAUACAUUGCCAAAAAAGUCGGCUAGACUUCUUUGGCUAUAAGGAAGGUGUAAAAGAACAGUUUCUUGAACACAGACUAAUACACUAUAUUCACUUCUCAUUUAAGCUGUCAUUUGCGGAUUCAUACACUAGAUUAAGUUUUCUUAACGGACACUCUCGUAUAUAGCGAAUAGCUCUACUUACGACCGCCAUCACAAAAUCCCGUUUCAACUCCCACACAAACUCUGUAUUUUUACAUUCCCGUAGACGGCCGCGGACACUUAAAGGGUUUACCGGCGAAUUAGAUGUUAGCUUUGAUUUAAAGCUCUCCUAAGCAGACACUCGAAAGAAAUCUUAUCCGCCUCUGAAUGAUGUUGUUUUUUUUUUCAUAUCAUGUCCACAGUCAUAUGGCUGUUUGUCACUGUUAUGCGGAUCAUUCUUAUAUAUCCAUUUCAGAGUUACCGUUUUUUCACAUACUAGUCCGAUUACACUUGAAAAUAAAAACUAAAUUACAACAAGGCAAGAACAUCAGCGUAACCAUACACUAAAAAACAGUUUUUUGCUAUUACCAGUGUUAAUUUGUAGCUGGGAGGAGCUUCCGUAAGCGCCUAUCUAACCUUUACACCGCUUUUAAAGUGGCUGAAUUCCACUUGCAUAACUAUGCUGCAUAUGAGAUUCAUUCUUGUAAGCGGCCAGAACCAGUUAAGGACACCUUUUUCUCGUCCCGAGGGCGCCCUCGUACGAGAGCUUCCACUGUAUUACAAUUUUAGGAUUUCUCUUCCAUUUUAACAAAUUUUCGCUUAAAGAGGCACAGUCGAACCUACGUGCGACCACCCAACUUAAGUGACCACUUCCCAAUAAGCGAUCACUUAUUCAACACACCAAAUAUAUUAUCAAGUCAAAGCGCUUGUAGUUGGAACCUCCUGUAAACGAACACAUCCACAUCCAGUAAGCGACCGCGACCACUUUUUACGAUGACAGUCUGAUUGAGAAUUUUCCAUGAUGCAAUGGUCUGAUCUCUGCGUUCCCUGUAUGUCCUAAGCUACUCGGAGUAUGAGAGGAACUUUAGAAACAAAUUAGAUUUAUCUAUAGUAUAUUGUAACUUAAAAAUUGCAUGCAGUACAUUCACUCCAAAAAGUAGAUGUGUCCGCACUUUCCUCGUUGAAGACCUCCUGCAGUUCGACUCUCGUAAAACCAAAUUUUCCUUGGGCAACCCCAUCGGCAUUAUUUACUGGGUGUCUUCCGACCACGCACGGACCGGGACAUCAAAUGUCUGUAACUUAAUUGUCCUGUCUGUCCAUAAUUCAACAUCUGCCUGCCUCAGCACGGCAGACGGCUGGGCACUAAACUGGUUUUGGCCCUUCCGAGAUCGAUCUCUAGGACGAGAAAAUUGACCUUACCUGGGUAGGGUGAGAAAUUUGAAAUCGAAGUAUUACAGUUGAAGUAUCUCUCGGAGGGAAUGUGGGAAGGGUGUUAAACAUAUGGAAGCGGUUGUUUGAGAAAAAAUAUCUAACUCAAUGUGGAAGUGUGGUGUAUUUUGAAUUCUACUUGGGAACAUUAGUGCCACAGUUAGGCUUUAUAAGACCCCCAAAAGACCGUGCGAGAUAAGAAAAAUUCACUGUUUAUGACAGUCAAAUCUGGUGCCAGCAGGGUAGGGCAUUUGUACGCAAUUUGGACACUCCCCCAGGGAGAAGGGACUCCAGUAUGAAAAAAAAUAAUGGAAUUCUUGUCGCAAGCCAAUCUUGACGUGUCUCGCGCUUCAUUUGUCUCUUUGAACUGGUCUGCACCAACAUCCGGCUUUACUUCGCUGCUAUUUCACGUGCAACUAAAAUAGAAAAAAUAGUUUUUUCCAAAACACGAAGACAAAACGACCUCUAUCUCCGAGUUUGAGAAGACAUGGGAUCAUUUAUAAUCAUGGUCUGAAUAAAGUUGCCAAUAGAUUUGGAAUUCUAAAUUAUUUAUCAGCAUACAACAACAAUAAAAUAAUCUCAGAGAAUGUCGGAAAGUCAUUUUGUUCACUGAACUCUGGCUCCUGGCUCCUGGCUCCUGGCUCCUGGUUCCUGACUCCCGAUACGAUGUUUCCGUAUGGUGGCAACCGCUGCUUAAAAAUGCGGGCUCUAUUUAAUGUCAAAGAUGUCGGACGUUUGCAACAUGUGAAUUGAGCUACAACAGUGGCAGAAAUAAUUCUUUCAAUGGGUUAAGAAUCGGCUUUUUACCUUUCGUAUUGUUUUGUCCUAAAACAACUUGAUUUGGAUUUUGGUGCGUAAACUAAUGGCUAAGGAAUUUUAGUCGUACAGCGAGUCACGACGCUGAACUACCCUGAACUGGACAUCGAAGGUGGCAUGAAGAACAAAUCAAGGCGGGCACAAACUAGCAGUUGAGACAUCUAAGAGAUACGUAUAUGGAUUUUAUUGAUCGUUUAUUAUUGUUUUUAGGGCGAAAUUGUUAAAGUAAGUAGAACUGUGAAUUAAAUCUUUGUAUGUUGUUUUUACUUGAAAGAUCGCGUAUAUAGCUAUCAAAAAUCAUCGUUAGCGCUUCUUGCACAACAAUUUUUAUGAUUUACCCUUAUUAACGUUAAAUCAUUAUCUGAUGAGUUUUUUUGUUCGAUUUCUCCUCAUUCAAAGGCAAACACACGAAUAUUGUGAGGGCCUGAAUUUUGAUGAAAUACGGUAUGCAAAAGUCGUUCAGUCACAUAAACAGUUUAUGUCAACACAUGGAAGAAAGAGAAUUGCCCAAACUUUUUAUGAUCUUUUUCUCAACUUAAGUGAUGGCUUUAACUACUCAUGCAAAAGUUAUAAAGAUAAGCGGUUGCUCAUCAGAGAUAUUUCGGAAUAAAAUACCCUAAUUUUACGUCUUACUCAAAACUUGGAAAUGAUGACCCAACUUAAGGGGGCUGAGAGGGGGGAAAUCGAAUCGGUGACUUUAAACAGUUUAUUGUGCUUAAAGUCUUAUGAUGUCUGAUUAUCUCUCAGUGCAUUUAAGUUCCAGGUGGCUUUUCUGUUUGUUGCACUGGCAUCGUAAAGUUAGCUAAUUAAUUAUGCAUAAACGGGCAAAAUGGCGAUUUUUACAGGGGGAGCCCGGAUCUCCCAGGGAAUUUAAUAUUUUGACCUGACAUUCUGUCACAUAAGCUAACUCCUGAUACCUAACAUUUGUGCCAAGUUUGAGCGAAAUCGGUGAUUUGAGCAUUAUCACCCCCUGCCUGGUUCUGCCUGGUUUUCUCAUGGACACACUCUUAAAAGAUGUGUUUAUGCGCAGGUAUGCUAGCUCUCGAGUGAAAAGGAAGAGCUUUUAUAGAAAUAGUGAACUCCAGAUGUUUUUGUUGAUUUCCAGCAGCCUUAUUGGUGGACCAAAACUGUCCACCAAUAUGGUGGCGUCUCCAUAAUUAUGUGAAACAUUUCAGCAAAUACAUGUACAUUGUAACUCAGAAACUGUGGGCCACAAAGACCUGAAAUUUGGACAAAUUGUUUAUAUAUUGGUCUCCUAUAACAUUUCAUUUUCUUAGCUUCUUCCGCUGGAUGGUUUCCAAUUUAUUUUUUGUGCCGUGUUUAUUGUGUAACAGUGAAAAUGAAGAAUUGAAGUCAAACAACUAGUAACUGUUCUUUUUCUUCUUGGACUUAAAACUGAUUUCUGUGAAAUAGGCGAAUCUUUGCUGACGUCAUUGUUUACAUUUUUCCUCAUUAGCAUACGACUUAACUCACAGAAGCCGUGGCCGUAUAUAUGAAAUAAAUGCGAAAGUCGAAAGAGCUGAUAAAGUUGGGCAAUUUGUGCAAUUUUCAGCUCUUUGCGAGCAAUAUUGAACGAAAUAUCAGCCAUCAAAAACUGCGAAAUUGCUGUGUGGCAAAAAAGUUAAUUAGCCAUACAUUCUCUUUAAAAUUUCGAGUUUUUAGAAGAUAAUUGCUCCGAAACCAUUCAGUGUAUUGGGCUCAAAUUUUCAGGCAUAACUGAAACUGUUAUGCCCUUUCAAUAUUCAGAGUUUUGAUUUUAUUAGCGUCAUCAGACAGUGAUAAGCAUAUGUUAAUGAGGCAAAAAGUGUAAACAAAGAUUCGCCUAUAGGAGCUCAUUCAGAUAAUUAUUGAAGAUUACAAAUGUAUUUGACAUUAGAACCUCUUUGUUUAGAAAGAACUUCAUCUCAAAGCUCAUUCCCUAUCAAUAAUUUGUACUACCAGCAGUGAUGUUGUUCCAUCGUGAAAAACUCAAAAGUUAUAUUUUACUUUCAUUGCAGACAGGUGAAAAAUAAAUGAAUUUCUCCCAAGUAUAAUCAAUGAAGAAGCCAGGAAAUAAAUAUUAUAUCAAGGUACAGAGGACUGCAGACAAAAAGGCAAUCCCACAAAGGACAAAAUGGCCCUUAAAAAUCUGGUUAGUAAAGUUCUUAUUAUAGCUUGCCAUCUGUGGCAGUGGUUUCAAAUAGGAGACCCUACCUACAAUAGUUGACAAUUCACAACAGCAUGUAGAGCACCGUCUGCAAGAUAUGAAUGUUGCUUUGUAUAAGGUGAGCCUCUGUAUGGGUAUUUCUGAUGAUAUCAAAGUCAUAGCAGUCACUGUCAAUGAGACGACAAUCUUAGAGAUUAAAGUGAUGAUCUCAUUGCCAUUCCAAUCAAAUCUGACAAAGUUUGUCGGGCAAUUCAGAGCUUUUGUUUUGCUCAUUAAACCUCUUUUUCAAUUUUCUCUUUUCCAUCAUUGUUGUGGUUGCGCUGAGUUUCCUAGUAGCAUUACUACAUAAAACAGUUCUUCGUAUGGGAUCAUUUUGCUGGAAUAAGCGAUGAUUUCAUGGAAAACGCACGUGAAGAUCUAGUGAGGAUUGUACAGGAGGAUCAAGGAGGCUAUAAAGAUUGAGACAAGAUGCUCCUCUCUUAACCAGGAUGAGGCAGGGCUGGAGCAGCCAAACAUCCAUGUUCCACUUCUUCUGUCACCUAACCAUCCUAAGAUCAUGUGACUGCUGUGCAACCAUACACUUUCGAUUGAUGAAAGCUGAGCGAUUCAGUUGAGAUGCAAUGCAUUUUGGAACAAAUUUGUUACGUUUCCAGUCUAUAAUUUCUUUAAACUUAGCAACCAAUGAGACGUACAUGGUCUUUUCCUUUUUUAGCAAAAAGAUAAUCAAGCACCCAGAAAAGAGAAAAAGGAUUUGGACGUCAAAGCCAGUCUGACAGGAUGUUUUCUUCUGUAAUUGGUGGUAAGUGAGAAAAGUUAUCUACAUUUAGAUAUCGGUAUAGUUAAUGCAAAAUAAUGUCAGGGCUGCUAAGAGGAGGGGGCUGGGGAUUUCUGCCGGCUACUAUCAAUGUGGCCCCCGGCUUCUUUCAUAGGAAACUAGAAGAAAAAAAGGAGCAGAAAAGAACUUUCUAGCCGUUUUAUUCUCUGUCUACUUGUUGUAUUUACCUGACAACUUGAAAUUUUAGUGACAUCCCUGAAUGUCUCAUAUCUGUAAUGAUUAAGAAAUGACAUUACUUUAAUUUGCUGGUUGUCAAAACGCCUCUUGCUGCAUAGUAUAAACCAUUCUUACAAACUAAACCUAAGGGGCCUUAGUAACUGCUUGAAAGUACUUAUUGCAUUGUAAGGUGCUUCUUGACUGCCUUGUAGCAGUCUCUUGGGAUAUUCAGUAGUUUUCUCUCUAGACUUGCCCACAAGUCGAGCGCAAAGUGCAAGCUAGUAAUUUUUUUUAUGUUUUCUGUGGCAAAGAAAGCAAGAGACUGGGAGCUUGACUUGUUUCCCUUGAGGAAAAUCGCAUCAAGUGAUGUCAUUUUAGCGUGAGCUAUUUGAGUCCAGACUAGGCAGAGCUGUCAAAGUAUGCCAAAAUAAAAACAGACUGUUCGGUAAUGUUUUUUUGGCCUGAAAAAUCUGGCUCUUGCUAGUCUCACGAGUGGUAAGGAAAAAAGAAUUACAGUAAAACUUCAGUGCACAUUGCUCUUCCUGACAAUGUUUGCCAACAAUGCGGUGAAUCAAUAGAGAAUCCUGCACCAUUAAAAAAAGGAGGUGACUGUUUACAGGUGCAGAGAAAACGAAAACUUGUUAAUAAUCUGGAAUUUUUUGUCAGUUCUGCAUUUAUUCAUUCGGAUUUGCAAUCACAAAUAAUUUGCCGGAACUGCGCUGAUCGGGUCGAAAAACUAACAAAAAAAGUUGUGUAGGUUAGAAAAAUUUUUUCACGGCGUACAUGCUCAAUGCACUUUUCACCGUCAGCUGCCAGAAAAGAUCAAAUCUAGGGAUCAGAAUCUAAGGCUAAGAGAUGUGCUAUUCAUGGUACAACAACCAAACAAAUGAGCUAAAUUUCGUCUCUUUUGCCAUAUCGUUAUAAAUCAAAAACUUAGGGAGCAAUUUGAAAUGUCAAGCUCAAUGCCUGAGUUGCUCGCUCUCUACUGGUGCCGACGAAAACACAUCCUUUGCACCACAGAGAUGUUCACCAACAUUUUUGUAGUUUUACGAUAGCUUUCCAUAACCAGUUUGGUAGAACACAUUGCACUCGGCUUUGCAUUUGAAUACGGGUGAUAGAGGAGAUAUUGAUCACGAAAUAACCAAAUUAAUACAACCCGCAGUUAGAAAAUAAAGAACUGCUGCAAUCAUCGUCUUACUUGAAUUUAGAUCGUAACAGCUGAAGUUACGUUUUAUGAGGUGUGUUCGGGGCUUAUUGAUGGCGCACCAGGAAAAACCAUUUGUGAUUGGCUAAAACCUACAGGAGGAAAAUUCCUCCUGUAAAUUGGCGUGCUGCAGAGGAUUAAAGUCCUUUGUGCUGGGGUCUACUACCGGAACCAGAAACGAGAAGCGAAGGACUUUGAGAAAGUCUAUAUUUUCUCCCAAGUGAGUAGAUAGCAUACAGAAACAGAUCCACUGGCAUUGAUUGUUGCCAAUGUUUUGGAGUAGGAAUCUUCACUUCCAUGUCCUUAUUCACUAAGUUGGUUAUUUGAUAAAAACAAACGAAGUUUGACUUCUUCUUAGAAAUUGUGACCUCUUGUGCAAAAAUGCACACCAAAGGCCUUCCUUUUAAAUGGGUGAAAUGGACAGCUACCGUACAGGUUAGCAAAUUAAUAUUAAUGGCUUGUAACUGGUUUUAACAGGUCCAUUGUUAUUAGUAUUCUGAACAGCUAACACAAAAUAAUUGUUACCAAAACAGCAGAAUGGCUUAAAGGAACAGUAUACUAUCACUGCGCAUGUAGCAAACUUUGACUUUCUGACAGGAUGUUGCGAAUUCCAAUGAUGUGAGAAGAGUAAGAGAACCUACACUAAAACUUCUCAGAAUUACAGAUCAAGGAUAAAUUUUUCCUGUCAAGUUUCGAUUUAGCAAAAUUGGGAUUUUUUGGCGUUACCUUCUUUGCCUUUGGCUGGAGGAUCAAAAGAAGGGAAGCGCUUUAAUGCCAGUCGAAGGCUUAUUUCUUCCGCCAGCUUCCUUACAAGGUCAGAUAAUAGUGAAAGGAAUACGCCGAAAUGGAACAGCAACAAUGAAGACUAUGUAAGAAAGAAACCAUUGAGACAUGGAUGUGACCGAGGAGAUCUUGUGGAAUUAAGCUUUGCGAAGCACAAUGUGUUGCAACGAUGUGUUAGUAAACUUUUAAAUAAACCGUCCUACGGCUGACAAAAUCAAACAAAUAGGCACAACAUGUUUUGAGAAAAGAGUGCAAAGAAAUCAUAAUAUAAUGCUUGACUAACAUUUGUGAUGCCUCAUAGUGUUGAGAUUGCAUUUUUGUUUAAUAUAAUUAUCUUUCAAACUUUUGCAGCUAGAACAUGAGCAAAUAUUACUGGACUUGGAUUUGCCACAAAUUAACCUCUGACUCAAGUUUCACAGCAGAAAAGCUGCAUUAAAAGCGAGUGGAACAAGCUUUUUGGGUUGCGAGGUGGCUGAGCUAGCAACAAAAUUGCGAUAAGUCUUUGUGCCGUGAGCAAAAUUUUAAAUAAGAGGAAAGACAUCUUCGAAAAUCUAACAUAAUAAGUCUAGAGAACGUAAACAACAAAUCUCCAUUGGCGGUGCGGUCUGGAAGGAAAUUUUGUAGUGCAAUAAUUAUGAUAGUUUUAUUGUCUUUUUAAGAAAGAAAAAGAUGACGCUCACAUGUGCUCAUAAUGAGGACACUGUCCCCUAAGAAAUGUUUGAACGGGUCGACAUAUACAGCUUAACAUUUAGUUUUAGCUGGAAUGACUUAUGAAAAACAAUCCUGCCAAAUCAAAAGGGCAAAUGAAUCUGAACCCUUCUGCUGCAACAAAAAUUUAUUAGCUUCCUACGGCUGUUUGUUUUUGUAUGUACAAUCACAGACUUAUUACAGCAAUUAUUUAUUAAAGCGAAAUCAUCGAGUAUUUAAUAUUCACCACUUUAUUGCACAAACAAACAAAUGACUGAAACCGUUUUGUAGCAGCUUUGUAUUGUGUUAAAAUGUUUGCCCCUUGCUGUUUUGAAAGGCAUGAACCUUGCCAAAUUUGCACAAAGCAGACCAGAGUGAUGUAUCCAAUCAGUGACAAACACUUGAAGAAGUAGGGUGCGUUAUCAUGGAUAUCCAUCUGUUGUCAUGGAUCUGUCUCUGUUUACUCUUCAUUUCUUAUAAAACCAUCAUGCUAGAAUACAUGUACGAUUAACUUAAAGUGCGUGAAGAUGAGGCAAAUCUUAGCUACACUGUAAAGUGCAACAGUUUAUACAAGAUGUAUGUCGGUUGCCAGUAUUAGUGUUAUGAGCAAUCCUCUAAGGAAGCUUAGACUUUCUAAAAGUCCUUUAUUGUUUUUUCCUGGUUUGUUAUGCCAUUUUAAAGGAAUUUUCAUACCUGUUUGGCACGGAAUUCACCGGUCAAAAAUUCUACCAGUGACAUCAUGACAAUUGACCAAUAGGACAGUCGAGUUAUAUUUCAUGCCGCUCCCGACACAGCAUAUGUCGCUUGCUUGGUUGCAACGCAAGGUUAUGCAUUGAAACUCGCUUUGCUCACUUUUAAGAACUAAGGAGAGGUCGACUUUUAGCAAGUCUAAAGGAAGCUGUGCAACCCAAUUUAAACAUCGUGUGAUGAAUUAACUAACUUAAAAGUACAUGUAAAAGACAAGAAACUAACAGCAGUGGAUCUAACAAUGAAGGUACAUAUUAAGAAGACAUUGACUAACAUUGGAUGAGCUGAUGGAGAGGGAAAGUUAAUUAAGUUUUUUUCCCUAAAAAAACACACACUCAACAAUAACAACAACAGCAGUAUUUAACAGCCCUGUCUCUACAGCGAUGAAAUGUGAGGACUGCAUUAUUUGGUGCAAUCUAUCAUGUUUAAUGUAAGAGCUGUGACCAUGAUUACAUGAUAGAAACUGCUAGAGCUCUGGAUACUAGAUUGAAGGAGCAUCAAACUACAAUGUAGAACACCAUGUGCAGGAUAUGAAUGUUGCUUUGUGUAAGGUGAGCCUCUGUAUUGGUAUUUCCGACAACAUCAAAGUCAUGGCAAUCGCUGUUGAUGAAACAAUCAAGUUUGAAAAAGUUAGUCGGGCAAAUCAGAGUGUUUGUUUUGCUUAUUACACGUGAUGCUUUUUGGAUUUUCUCUUCUCUGAAUCAUGGUUGUGGUUGUGCUAAGUUCACUAGUAGCAUUACUUACUAGAAAUACAUUAAGAAAAAUCUCCCAAAGCUUAAUGAUACUAUGGUUCGAUAAACUAGAAAAAAUGAAUUUUUUAAUUAAUUGUGGUUUCCAUAGAAACCAACAUAAUUCUGGCUUGGCACUUUAUGUAAAAAUGCUGUAUUGGUGGCUACUAUCGGUGGGCCAAAUUUCAUGCUUGCAUCAAAAAGUGCACAACUCACCUGAAAUUUUUCAGCAAAACUUUAAAGGGCAGUACAGAAGGGCUUACCUGGAUUAUUCUCGUCAUGGAAAAGAGUAAUGUACGUGAAAGGUACUGAGUGUAGUGAACUUUGUGUAUGUAUGUUAAACCCAGUGUUCUUAAAUCACAUGCAGGGAGAAUAAGGGACUAGUCUAAACUCAGUGCAUGCCAAUGAAAAGGCAGAUGUACGUGAUGUUCUUGAUUGUGAUUACAAGGUGAUUGCCCAAAUUGUAAACAUGCUCUUAGACCCAAUAAGUUCCAAACAGAGGCAACUCAGCAAGUGAGCCCUUGUAAGCCAUCGCCAAUUGACAUUUUAUCACUUAAUUUAAGAUGUCUCGAGUAGUUUCUAAAUUACUAGACUUGCAAUUUAACUGGAAAGUACAGAAUCACACACAGGGGCCUCACGAAGAAACUAUACACAAUUUAUCCCCCCUAAGAAAAAUUACUUCUGUAUUAUAACAUUGCUCAAUGCAUGAGGUCUGGUCACAGGAAAUGCAGUGUUACUGGAUGAGAAAUGCCCCUCAAGUAAGACUGAAGUGUAUACUUGCUUUUAUUUAUGUACAGUGGGAAUUGUUUCCGGUCUGACCGUGAUAGGUAGCGACGGGGAGAAAACCUAAUGUAAGCCUUGCCGACCGAAAUGUAAUACGAUGUUGCCCUUUCACUCAGGGUCACUCUGGCUUGUUUCGCUUUUUGGUAGUCUUUUUUUUACGGUUUGUAAAAACAGGUACACCCACUCCCUUACCAUUUCCCAACAUUCGGUCAGAUCCAGCGCCGUAAAAACUUGACGAUUCUUUGUUCACAUUUUUUUGUCAAACAAUUCAGGAAUCGUUCGAGUACUUCCAGGUAGCAAAAGUCUCCAAUUAGAUCUUUCUUUUCUCGACGUUUUUAAUCAAAGUUCUUUAUAGCAGUACAGUGACUGUUCUUUGCUGUAGAAUAGUAAUUUUCUGGAGUAAUCUUGGCUUGUCCUUAAGUAAGAACCAGUGAAACUCACAGGUAAUGUAAAACAAAAAAGUCAACACAAUAGAGCAUAGCAUUUACAAAAGGUGCAAUACAGAGAAAAAGUUCAACAAAGUUAAAAGAAAAUAAAUGGUCGGUAUGUGUGGAAACCAAAGGUGGCUUCACACAAAUCUUGGCUGUUUCCUCAGGCUAGCAUGAUCAAUUAUUUUGAGGGUGCUUUUUGCUGUUCACACCCAAACUGUAAUGGUAUUCAAACUAUAAUUAUUAUUAAGUGUUAAAUUAGUUCCUUUGCUUUACAUGUAUGACUGUGCGGUGAGAUUAAAUCAGUUGGGCUAUAUACAUGCAGGAUGUGAUUAUAAGCCUGUGUAACAAAAUGAGCAAUGUUUAAUUUUUGGGCUCACAGAUUUAACAUUAAAUAAUUAUUAUUAGAAAUUAAUGGACAAUUGUGUAAUCAUUGGACAUAAAGCAGAUAGUGUUUUCAUUUUUUCCACAUGCCCAAGGUCUAGGUGCAAGAAAAUUUUAGUGACUUCAAGCCACACGUUAAUGAUAAGACCUUAGACAGACUGUUAGUUUGAGCAUAAAAUUGCAAUUAGUUCACUCAACCUUAUGUCUAAUUUCAAAUGUUUUGUUCAGUCAACACUGAAAAAGAUCAAACAGUAAAUUAAAUAAAUUUGUUAGCAAACCCAGGUAGAGGUUUAUCAGCAUUUUCCAAUUGCUCCACAUUGUAGCUAGUUUUGAUCAUUGUUGAAGUAAGUUGCUGCUGUGCCCCGUAUUUUGAGUUUUAUGUAAAUCAGUGAUCAGAGGCUGUCGAAACCGUUAAGCCACUGAGCCACUUUUUUAAACAUUGUAGCCAUGACUAAAGUCAAGUAAUUGAUAGGUUUGGGCUUACAAGCUGUCUUAUGUCAACUUUUUUUAACCAGGCAGAAAUGAGACUUCACCAAGCAAAUAUUUCUUUGGUCCAAGCACCAUCUAAAAGUAAUGUGAGCCCUGAGCCCUCUUUUUUUACCCUUAGCUGUUCGAAAGAUAUAGAGUGCUGACCAGAUACACUAAAUCACUACCCGAUUGUGUAAAUCACGAACAUGACCAUACAUCUUAAAGAAAACUAAUUCUGAUCAUUUCAUUUUCAUUACUCAGAUGUUGAACUCAUCUUGGUGGCUUUUUAUUUGUUAUGAUUGACUGCAUUAUACCUAUUGUAUAUGCUGAACAAUUUCAAGAAUAAAUUAUGGUGAAUUUUUCAGUGGAUUCGCUUUCGCUGUGCUAAUAGGGCAACAGCGUCUAGAUUUUGAUUCAAACAAUCAGAAAUAGAUUAAAUUAGUUUAGACAUCCUGAAACCUUUCGUUGGACAACUAGUUAGAGUGUGAGUUGGUCUGUCCUUUUUUUCUUCCGUUCUUGUUGUUGUUAUUGUUGUUCUUUGUUUCACACAUUUUUCAAAGAUCAUCAUGCAGUGAUUCUCGAGGGAAGAGAGUGUGGCUGGCAGCUUUUCCAAACACCUAGUAGCCUGCCAAGAAUUCCAAAUUUCUACAGCCUAAAUAAAUUCCCACACCUACUUUACUCCUGAAGAAGUAGUUUUCCACCUCACUAUAACUUGUAAAACCAUUUUUAUACUUAUCUUUGUAGACCUUUUAAAGUUUUCUCUCAGUAUCAAUAUAAAGGCUUUUGAAAAAGGUAAAAAAAAUUAUUGCAUGAAGUUGACCCGUACUGCUUUGAGCCUUUAUCGCCCACCAUGAUAAUUAAAUUUCUCACACACCACUGGUAGCCAUGCCAAGCCAACCGCCGCAGCCUGACCUUUAUUUUAAACUCAAAAAAUGCAUACAUAUCAUAACCUUAGAAAGGUAGGACACUAACAAAAACUACAAAGACUUGUAGCACGAUACACAUGUACAUCAGUGUAACAUAGGGCACUUUUAUGAAAAUGAGUAAAAUAUUCCCAAACCAUCAUUACUUGCCAGAUAUUAAGUAAUUAACAUCAAAGAAACAUAUUUGGAAAAUUUUCAUGGUAUAAUUCUUGUCUACAGCUUAUUUUAGAAAUUACCCAGAAUCCUUUUUGGGCGUGGCAUCUGACUUUUUGGCUUGCUUAGCAUGACUAUUAUCGCUAAAAUACAACAAAUUUAUUAAGCUCGAAGUGCUUUUUGUCUGCCUCUUUCUUUUUCUUGAUCUUUUCUUCCCUCCACAUUUAUUUGAAAGGCUUUUCUUCUCGGUAUUCAUCUCGGUAUUUGUGUAACGCAAUCGUGACAUCCACUCUAUUUUUACCUCACGUUUUCCCGCUUUUUGCCCCUGAUUUGUUACAAAAACACCCCCCAGAUACUAAGGAGAGGUUACACAGGACUCCUUCGAUGUUUCUUGUGGAUUUCGGCUGGAAAAUGGCUUGAAUUCAAGUUUCAUUUGGGAAGUUUUCUGCUGCGAGUGUGGUGGUAAUUCGAUUGUUACGCUUAGACAAACAUGGCAUUCAACUGGAAAUAUGUUUCCGAUUCACCAUUUGUAGAAUUUCUUCGUUUUAAGCCUACUGAAGACUAAAAACCUUACCAGGAUUUGAAGAACAGUAACUGAACUGUGUUGCAGCUGUGUAUCAGCGACCGUUGUUAACUAGAGGCUGAGAUACAGGUUUUCUUUUGGGUAAGUAAUAUUUAAUUUCACACAUCAAAAGUACACAACAGUUUAGUUUCCGAACACGAAAAUUCUUUAUUUCUUCAUCGCCGUGAGUAAUCUUUAAAAGCCUUUCUUACUCGAUGGUAAACAAUGUUAUGAACUUUACUCAGACGAAUUAUCUUCUUUUGUAGGUGCAUUUGGAAGUCGCUAGCCUUAUAUUUGUAAGGCAAGGAGCGCUGUUGGACCUUGAGCGUUACACAGGCAUUUAAUGGCAACCGUCCCUAGAAUUAUAAUUCUCGUUAUUUGAAAAAUAAAUGAAGAGAACUGUAAUUUUGCGUAUGGUGUCGUUUUUUCCUAUUUAAUAUUUCUGCUCUGUUGAAUUUUCUUAAUGAGAUAGUAUUAAGGGUGAAAUUUUACUUUUUUAACUAUUUCAUGCAAAUUAGCUGUUACGCGUUACACGCUGAUUUUGUAACUAUUUUCUUUCAUCUUCAAGAUUUUUUGAUUCCUAGGUUCUUCCAAAUGAUAUUUUUUUAACAUAUCACUUAACUACAAUCCUUGUUGAAGUAAGGUAGAACGUUUAAACGAAAUCCGUCAUUAGCUUUCAAAGAUAUAGGAAAAUAUAUUAGAGCAACCACUAAUGUACAUGUGUAUCGUGCUACAAGUCAAAGUUGCACAGUACAUUUAACAGCAUACAAAACUGAAAUCUUAGGGUGGGUGGGUGGGAAGGUCAGUAAUGGCGGACGCAACAAAAGCAACUGCCUGCCCUUCAGUCACAUGACCUAUACCCAGGCUCCCAGCGGUGUGUGAGAAAAACAUUUUCCACUUAAUUCAUUACACUCAGCCAGUGGAAAAUUACCCUUAAACUAACUGCUACGCUGAAUUUCAUGUUACAAAGAUUAUCAUCAACAACAAAUUAGUUGGUUCAUACUUAAGAUGUGUGUAUAACAAGAAAGAGAAAAUUUCACUGCUCUAUCAAUUUCAGUUGUUUAACACAUCGAAAAGCGGCCACCUUUUUGAGGAUUUAUUUCAAGCAUACACUACAUUCCUGACAGGCGAUCACUUGUACAAAUCAGGUUUGACCGGAUCUUGCCUUCAGCCUCGUCAACGAGAGAUCUGUAUACGAGAUUAUGAGAACCAACCUCUACUAAUAUAGAAAUACCCAGGGGAAAUUAGAGUUGUUUGAAAAUAUUUGUUGGUACCUCUAAAGUUUAAUGUAAACCACUCACUGCCAACCUCCACACUCUUUUUUAAUGCUUCCUGUUAAAAAAGACACCAUGUGCAAGAUCACCCUCCCCCGGAGAGCAACAGUGUACAAAGAAACUCCAAUAUAUUAAAUCACACAAAGUGGUGACGGUCAUCUAUAUACUGGAAUAACGAAAGGCUCAAAACGUUUUGUACUCAUUGCAGACCUACUUUUUUUGGAUUGUCUUGUUACUUUGGCGGAGCGCGAAGUAAAGUUGCAAUUUUUUAACAAGAUUGGGCAAGCAAAGUCUGUAGGUUUUGGGCUCUAUUCGGCUAUUUGACGAAGUGAGAGCCGAAUUAGUUCGAGAUGUCUCGAGAUUACUUUGAUUUCUUUGAUUUAUUCUUUAACUUUUUCGAGGAAGAAAGAAUUACUAUUUUGACCUUCCCGGGGUUUGAACCGACUCACCUGUGUGACCCGUCAGAUAAGAGGAGACUCUAAGUUGAGGGAUUAGCCGAUUGUGCUACUGCGACCCAAGGUGGUUUGGGAUAUGAAAAAUAGUUAUGAAAUGGUGCACUAGUUUCGGGACAAGAUUGGGCGUGCAAGUUCGUGACUUUUCGGCUUGUUUCAACUAUUUCACGAAAUGAGAUCGGACUACUUCGUGAUAUCUUGAGAUCACUUCGAGUUUAGUCUUUAUUUACUCGAGGAAUAAAUAGAGGAUAUUUCGUGGCCGCGCAGAGACACGAAAUUUCUCUUCGAGUGUUGAAAAACAUUUCACGAGUGAGCCCUCCUUUCGAACUGUUUUAUGAUGAAUUUAAAGUUUCAAAACGCUGCACAAAGACAUUUUGUCUUUGUUGAGUGUUACGUAGUAAAAUUGCUUUCAUGUGUUGCGUGACUUUCUUUGGAUUACCCAUAAAUAAUUAAUUUGGGCAUGUUUACAUUUCAGCAUGAGUCAGCAGAUUUGCAUUAGUUACUGAAAUCAUAAAAUAUGUCGAAAAGCUACUACUAUUCGCCUGUUUAGUAUUUUCUAGAACCUUAUGUCAAACGGUAUACAAGUUCCAAGCGAGUUCUUUUGAUGAACUAAGUUUUUUUCCCACGAGCUGGACUGCUGUGUUUAGUCAAGUGUGACGAAGGUCGAUUAUUCAGGUUCUGUGUUUACAAGUUCGCGGAAGCCGUAAGAUAUCUGAAGUUCAAGUGAGAGGCUGUUUAGUUUUACUCAAAGUUCAAGUCAAGUUUGUGAUGGCGGAUGCUGUGUUUUAAAGCUCUGUAAAGGCUAUGUUCCUUUGGUGUUAAACUUCCUUGUGUUAAUCCGACAUCCCUGCGUGCUGAUAGUCAGUGAAUAAUUAUCCUCAAAACAUUCGAACUCGUGACUUUGAGUUUUAGCCAAUUCCAUUCUCAACGUAAUUGACUCCUUACCCAUGCCUUACAUAUCUUUAAUCAGUACAUUAGACUGCUAUGCUGUUUUUGAAGCCUGAUGUGACUAAGAAAAAUAGAGAAUUGUUUUUUAGAAGGAUUUGUAUGGAGUCAUCAGAGCAUAACUGGGCUAAUAUCGCAGAGACAAUUUGUCCUGAAAUGCUAGUUUUUGGCAAGUAGGCCUCUUGGAUGUUGCUCUUUAUAUCCGGACAAAUCCCAUAAUUUCACACCUUACUCUUACCAUAUUUGAUUUCUUACUAUUCCUCCGCAUUUACAAUUAAUUAGUUCCACAACCACGACGCCGAAGUGUACACUAGCUCCUUAGCAUCUUGUUAUGGUUAUUUCCUUAACUUUUAAAAGAUCUUCUCAAUCUCAUUAAUAAUUCAUAAAAAAAUGCAAAGGAAAUUAAUGUUUAAUGAGUGUUUAGAAAUCAGAUGAAAAACUGCCUAAUUUUUUGCAUCCUAAUUUCUCCUUCCAAUGAGAAGUAAUAUGAAGCAUUCGACACAGUGUUUCAUCGACAGAUGAAACGCCUGGAAGUUUGUCAAAAAUACUUCGCUAUGCGUCGCAUUUUCAACUCUUUUCUCAGUGUUUCGUCUAGUGAGGAAACACUGCGUCUUAUGCUUGAUUAUAUAUUACUUCAAAGCUAGAAGGUUACCUCUUAAGACACCCUGACUUGUUUUAAAAUUUGGAAUUUAUUUUGCAUUGAAAUCAUUCCUUGGUGUGUUUUUAGGCUUUCCAAACAGUUGAUUGUUGAUAGCAAAGGGUGUGAAAAGAUGUUUGACUUCCACUUGUCUAAUGGACAAGAGUGAUUUUAGUUUACAUGUAUUUAUCAAGCAUAAGAUCUACUCGUCCUUGGAGGCAAGAGUUUAUUCUCAAACUUAAUGCAGUGGUUGCAUAUACAUGCAUGGUAUGCCAUACAUGUAUAUCAUUCAAUGCAAAUUUUUGUUCCUUUUCAAUGGUCUGCUCAUGCACAAUGUCGUCCAAGUGUGUUUGGCUGCAAAUAAUAUUCUGCUCAUGCAUAAAUGAAACCAGGCUUUUCUCCUUCUUGCGAUCACUGUUGCAUGAAAGUGCAGAUUGCUUCGCUUCCCAAAGAUAUUCAUUAAAAACAAUCUUGGUAAUCAAAUGAUAAAACAAUUUUUGAACUCAGUUAUUGCAAAAUAUUAUGAUUUGUCAGCAUCAAAGCUGAAGGCUGAGGCAAAUAAUUGGUCUGCUCAACCUCAUCCAAUACUUGUUAAUAAUCAAAAGGUCCGGAAGGAAAUCUUGUCGAGUCAAUAUGACAGUUCUAUUGUCUUUUGAAGAAAAAACAGGUAACACUGGCGUGUGUGCAUAAUUGGGACACUGUCCCUUUAAUAUGUACACAAACCUGAGUAACAGAAGACUGAUUUUAGACCUGAAACACUGAAAAAAGCACAGUCAUUGUUCACUAAUUAUUUCCUGAAGCAUCCAAAGGGCAAAUUACAGUAUUGGUUACAAACUUGUCCCCAUGCUCAAAAUCACUUAUCUGGGGCAAGUGGAUACUGUUGUUGUCGCACUGACUUGACAAAGAAUCCUAGGGCCGUAGCCAGAAAAAAAUAAGGACUGAGGCAAUAUCCAUGGUUGAUUCCCCUGCCUAGCUAUUUAAGGUCUUUAUGAUGAGUACAUGUACGUUUAAACAAAACGUUGGGAUCAAAUCUGGGAAAAAAAAAAUGACCGACGCAAGUGCCUCGGUUUGCCUCAUACUGGCUACGGCCCUGAAUCCUAGCAUUAACUCAGUGCACAGAUGUUUUAUUAUUUUUUUAUUUGACAAUUUGACAGAGCUCAAGAACCCACCCCCUUGCACUUGUGCUGAAUAAAUGCCCUGCAUUUUUUAUUUUCAUAUGCACACUCGAUGAUCUUUAAAGAGAAAAAAGAGAGUCCGUGAAUAGGCUAUCUUAACUCCAGAGGUGUAAACCUCAAGUGUGGGACAGCUAUUUGGGUGCUGUAUCAGUGAAUGAAGAAGGCUUUGUGGCAAGUCUUCAUUAAUAAAUUGUUAUUUCUUUUUCAGAGGAAUGUUUUGACUCUAUGUUGUGGAAAGGAGAGAGAGAUGGUGAUUUGUGAAGAAUUGCUACAACUAUGGACCCUCAGAAGGGAUUUGUUUAAAAAGAAGUAAGUACAUUAGUUUCACUUAUAAGUAUAUUACCUUUCAUAAAAAUUUGACAUUCCUUUCAAUGGCCAAGAAGUCACAGUUGUGUUGAACAUGUUAUACAUGUAUGAGAAGAGGGAACCCUUUAAGCCCAAAUAUCUGAUACAGGUCAAACUUGAGUUUAGGUUAAACAUUUUUAACCCAUGUUGAUUCUUAAUUUCCUUUCAUGAAUCAGGGCUAUCAACAUACAAAUUCUCCAGACUGAACUCCAUAAUUUCCUUAAAAAUUGAGUUUAGAGAGUUUGUUUAAAAGUCAAAGUAUUUUCCUAUUAGGUGAUCACUUUUAACCUUUCUGCUAGCUUUUCUGAAAGUCCUUCGCUUCUCAUUUCUGGUUCCAGACUUUUUUUGACAUACUUUGACAGCUUGCGACAACACACACACACGAUGACACACACAACAGGGAUGCCAAAAUGACGUCACUUGGUGUGAUUUUUUGCAUGGGAAACAAGUCGAGCUCCCGCUCUCUCGCUCGCUUUUUGCCCCAGAAAACAUAAAAAAUCUUCCACUUGCACUUAGCGCUCUUGAAAAAUUUUGAGCGCGACUUGUAGGCAAGUCUACCUUUCUACUAGAUUAUCUUUUGACAUUUUUCGGGAGAAAAGUGAUUUAGGUCUCUCUUUAAGGUUUAGUUAACACCUCUGAGACUCAUGUCGUGGCAUGUUUUGUGCAUUUAUACUUGGAGUGUUUGCUUAAAGUUGAAUUAAUGAUUUAAAAGCAUAAAGUGCUCAAAUGCUUAUAGCCUGUAAGUAAAUUGUAGGGCUGUGCGAAAGUCUUACCUAAAAUAGGGCUACAGUGGUCCUUGAUUUAUCGGUGCAAGAGCUACACAGUACUGUCUUAAAUAUAAAAAUGGGGUUAGGAUGAAACAAGGUUAAGUGAAGAUUUUGCUGAAAAUAAAAACAGGAUACUAGCAUCGUCAAACUUAACAUCUCUUAACUUCACCAGGACAUUAUUCCACGAACUAUGUCCAUUGAAUGUACCCAAAAGUCUUGACACAGUUGCUCAUUACACAUUACGUAACCAAUAACUGUUCUCUGCAUAACUCGAUUGAUGUCAAAGUCAGAGUCUAAAAUGUUGUCUACAAUAAUUUGUCCUAUUCAGUGUACUGUAGCACUGGGAACAUCGUCAUUACAUCAACUGAAAGUUUUUUACCUUUGAAAAAGAAACGUUUAUUAGAGCACAUAAUAGACAGUAAAGUGUCUGCAUUAGCAAGGCUGACUUAAGGUGAGAAUCUUUUCAAUGGCCAAGAAAAAAGUGUCUGUUGUCCGCAUCAAUGGGUGUCCAGAUUAAGUGGGUUGAAUUUAGAGAAAAUUUAAAGGCUUUUCCCAGGGACAAAGAAAACUGUUGGUAAUAACGAGGUGUCCAUAUUAAGCAGCUGGCUGUAAAGCGGGGUUCUACUGUAGAAUGUUUUGUAACAAAAAGAGUUUAAAACGGAAGACAAAGCACUUUAAUUUGCACGAGAAGCUGACUACUGCUAGUAUCUGAGACAACAAAAAAACACUUGACUGUGCACUGUUUUACAAACUAGAACGCAACUUCACAGGCCAAGGUUGUUAAAUAGUGACUAUGCAUAUUGAUAUGAUAUUAAAAAAACACUCUCUGGCUAAAAAUGUUGACAACAGGCAAAAUUAUUAGAAAACUGAAAAAUUCUAAAAUUUUACCGUGUGUGAUAAAAAUACAAUGCAGAGAUCGCAUUAACGCAGAAAUCGUGCAUUUUUAUGCAAACAAAAGGCAAAAAAUGCAUCAUCAAAAUUCCCAGGACGCAAGAUGUUGACUAGCCUCCCCGCAGACGUCCGUGGGGGAGAAAUGAAUGCGUGACAACCGAACCCCAACGGACGUCUGCGGGGAGGCUAGAUGUUGACUUGAAGAACUCACUCCACUUACUUUAAAUCUUGAAUAGAUUUUGUUGUUUGAGUGACAUAUAAAAUUUUUUCGAACAAAGCGAAUUCACAUCGUUGCUGCCAUAUUGGGUUUAACUACACAAAGGGGACUGGAGACGAUUUACACAUCCGAAAAACUUAAUGAGCUCCCACCAUGUUUGUUUGUUGUUUGAUCGAUUGUGCUGGCUGAGUGCCCACUUACAUGUACCUGUAAUAUGGCAAUGAACCGUGAAAAGGGAGGAAGACAUAAUCAGUUUUUAGACAAAUGGCUGAAAGAGUUUGGAUGGUUUCAAACAAGAGGCUCAGGCAAUGACUUAUUGAUGAUUUGUAAGGAUUGCACAAAAGCUGGAAAGAAGAACGCGUUCACGAGUGGAUGAAAAAUUUCCAAAGAUUGGUGCUUGUUAGUCGAAUGAGUCAGGUGGAUCACAAAAGUGUGGCAAAAGUGUUGCUUCAGCAAUAACAUUUCAAUUAAGGGUACAUUGUAUUGUCUAAAGUUGAUGUUUUCAAACAACAAAAAAAAGACAAUGAAGCCUAGUUAUUUGCCAGUCACUCCUUCUCAUAACAACAACAAAAAGAAUUUCUUAGGGGAGGGUCACCAAUAGCCUGCGAAAACAUCCGUUUCUUCUCACUCUUCGCCGCUGGGGACGUUUCGUGUGGAGGAAUGUCUGCGACUCAGCGACAGAAAUUCCAUACUGAUGACGCAAAUCAAUGUUUACAUAAUAAAUCCGGUAGUCAUCAAAUCAAUGUUCACAUAAUAAAUCCGGUAGUCAUGGGGUUCCAAAUAUAAAUUUGUCCAAUUUCACGUGUUUUCUGGUCGAUUUUGGUAAAGUGUUGUGUUCAUCUGCCAACGAGCUCCAGCAAAUCUCAAAUGCUUCUUCUAGAGAAGACUAUAUUCCACAAACAUUGAUUAUUUUGUUAGAGAUUCUUGACCUUUGUGGCCUUUUGUCUUUUGUCUGUCAUGUAAACAAUAGCUAAAACAAUGUAACUACUCCGUCGACCAAUCAGCUCUUCUGACUGGAUUGCGGACAGAUAUUACGUCAUCAGUAUGGAAUUUGUGUCACUGAGUCGCAGACGUUCCUUCGCGUGAAACAUCCCCAGCGGCGAAGAGAGAGGAGGAACGGAUGUUUUGGCAGGCUAGGUCACCAAGCUUUUGGGACCCACCAAAAAUGCUUGGGACCCCAAUUUGACUGGACAUGUGGGUCCGAGGACCCAGAUUGAAAAAUACUAGUGACAUCCCUACAAUGGAAUAAAAUUACCUUGGGGUCGUGACGUUAGAGUCUGGCUUAGUAACUCUUGUUGGUGCCGGGAUUUGUUGUUGUUGUUAAGAAACUAUCAAAGGCCUGGUUUCAAAUUCAAGGGGGCAAACUAGUGCAUUUCAUACCAAGGGUGAAGAUUUGAGUGUUAACUAUCAGAACUCUGAGGAAACAAAUGUUCAAGCAAUGCCUGUGCUAUUUGAAGGAUCAACAACUUUCCAAUAUUAUUGUGAACAAUAAAGUAUUUCAAACUGGCUUGCUGAGAUACAUGUUUAGUUAAGCCAAACAAAUUGUUUUAUGUGACCGGUGCUAGUCAAGAAUCUUUUUUUAUGUUUAGAAGUGACAAGUGACACCACAGACUCUUGAAUAACCCCCCUGCCAAAAUAAUGGUUCUGCCUCACAGGAACCCCUCCUUUUUAGAUGCAAGCAGCACAGGCCAACAUUCUAUAUUAGGAUGAAGGGACGUGAUUUCCUCAAAGUGCGAGAACAAUGAGGCAAUAUGCAAGUGUUAUCAAACCUCCUGCAAAUCCUUUUACCCCCAAGUUGAUCGUCAUUAAUAACCUAUAAUUAUGUUACUUAAAAACAUGUCUCGAGGAACUUUUAUCAGCAAGGACAUUAUGAACAGUCCGGAACCACAGGGGCAUGACAGCCAUCCAUAAACACUAUUGUUGGGAAAAAAAUAGAAAAAAAAAAUCCCAUUGUUGCACUUUGAGUUGCUGUCAACUAGUGGUAUAAAGAAAACAUCAUCAGAGCAGAAGAAGGACUUGUGGCAGGUAAUUUAAAGAUAUCAAGAAUGUGACUUCCCAAGGACAUCAAUAGACGUUGUUUUCACCUGAAAAGUAUACAGAUCCCUGUGUUACAGUUCAAAACACUCUCCAUUCUUGUAGGAAAGUAUGUGGAUUACUUUUGUGAGGUGUUUGAAGUUAGUCUAACUCAUCUGACAACCAUUUGAAGGCAUUGCGUGACCCACUGGGCUGGGUGGUUACUGGAGUGGUUGCAUGUUUCAGGGACACCUUACAUCCAAGGUGAUUAGUGUCAAUUUUACAAGCUGUGGCAAGAAUCUACAUAGUCUCCUUAAUUCACCACAACUUGGGCCAGAGUUACACAAUGUGAUCCCCGUCCCCACAACUGGCUGCUUCAAACUGACAUACAUUCCUUUCACGGAAUACAGCCAAUCAAAGUGCAGCUUUCAUUUUCUUGUGAAUGUUUGCACCAGAAAUGUGCACCAAUCACCUUGCUUCUUUUAUUUCACAAGAUGGCACCUGUUCUCUUCCAUAACAAAAUAGCAGAUCUUGAAGAAGCGAUCAAAAUUGGCAGUAUCCAGAUUUGGUUUAUGGGUUUUUAAAACAAAGCAGGAAAUCAUUAUAGUCACAGAAAAAAAAUACUCAUAUGAGUUGUUCUGAUCUAGAUAUUUCAGAGAAGACCAAAAAAAUUCAAAUUUUUACUGAAAUUCAGGUAAGUUGCAAUAAAAAGCUCAAGUCUUUAAGAGAGGUCAAAGAAAAGCAGUGGUAAACUGCAUCUGAAAUCAAAUUCUGUCUGAAAAAUCACACAAAAUGUAAAACUCAGGAAAAACAUGUUAUGUAGUAAAUAAAACAGACCAGCUUCAUGUCAUCUAAAUGCAUGUUAAUAAAUUUAUUACACUCGGAGCAGACAAGAAAAGAUUUGCUAAGUCAAAUUUUGAAAUUCUCUGUGCACUACAUACUUAACGUACGUGCAGAAAAGAAAAGAAGGAAAACCUCUUUUGUUAAGGCAAACCAUCAAUGGUCAUGGUACACACUAUCACAAACUUAUGAGUUGCAUGUUACGUUGUCAACACUUUAUUUCAAACAAACAAAUGACUAUCCUUGUCAUAUUUCCUCACAUCAAUAUCCAGUGAUGAUCAAAUGACUCCCAGCCUAAAUCUGUUGACUUAUUUUUACUUGUAGGAAUAGAUUAACGAAUAAAACACUAAUAAUUGCUGCUUUCCAUAAUUUUCAGUUAAUUUUCUCCUGUCUCUUUUAAAUAACCUGUCAUAUGCCGGCAGGUAUUUUCCUGUGAAAGACAAUGCAGUCUUUCCUGUUAUUGGUGCAGUGUAUACAAUAAAAACUAAAUGAGGUGCUUAUUAGUCCAAUCAUACAAAACCACAAAACAUGUAGGAAAGGAAUGUAUGUUGGUUUGAACAUGCAUCAUGGGAGGUUGGGAGAACUGCCUGACUCUGGCCCGAACGGCUGCGUAGUAGACUAGAAACUGCAUGACCCAGUAGAGAAUUUCGGGAAGUUAGAAGCCUUUGGUAGACAAGGUGCCACUGGUACCGUGCAGUGAUAAAGGAAUACAUUAGUAAGGGAUACACCCGUAAGUUCUCAUUGGAAGAAGCUGGACACCUUGGUCAGCUAGAUUGUGCUGAAUUUUAUCAAAAAUGACACUUCCGCGAGACCAACAUGGUAAACAGAGUGGCUGAAAUCAUGAAGCUGAUAUUCAUCCAGGCAAGUGAUUAAGUUGUACCUACGGCUGUACCAGAAGGAGUAAACUAUGAACAGGAACACAACUAAUUAGUUGGAAAACUCGAGUAAUUAAGGACACAAAGACCAGUUACAUGUAUCUGCUGUUGUAGGAUAAUCAUUUUGGCCACCUAAAAAUAUUGCUCUAUUUAUGCUCCAUCUUUUGUUUAAAAAAAUAUAGAAUAUAGAAUACAAAAUGCAUUUCAAAAUUUAAUGUUAGUAGUAUAUUUACAAGUGAUAAAAAGGCUGUCUUUAUUUGUUCCUGUACCGUGAUAACACAAACUUUGUAUCAUGAUUUCUCUUGUUAGUUUGAGUUAUUGAGAGUCAGCUGUAGCAGGGUUCAUACAAAAAAUUGCAACCAGUUUUCAAGGACUUUUCAAGGACCAUAUUAGAUUUUCAAGGACCACCUACUAGGAAUAUAAUUUCACAGGUUGUACAAAAAUGCACAUUCCUAGUCUAUUCAAAUAAGACUUUAAGACUUGAACUGUUUCACCAACUUCUCUACAUUUUUCAGUUCACUUGUCUUAAAUUGAUAGUUAAUUAUUGCAUAAGACAUAGAGCACUUUAUGUAUGUAAAUAACCUUUAAAUUCUCUGAGCUAUGACUUAUAUUCUAUCUUGGACAACCAAAAAGCAUCAAAAACCUCUUUCCAGGACACUACAUUCAAAGUUGAAGAAAAUUCAAGGACAUUUCAAGGACUUCCCCUAAAAUUCAAGGACCUGACUGUGUGAACCCUGUGUAGAUUUGAAGAGACACAAGCUUUGAUUGCGUUCAUCUAUAUCUCCUUUUGAAACUUGUUAUUACGAAAAACAGUUCGAGUUAGUGGAGGUUUGAGUUGUCGGGGUCAGUUGAAUGUCAAAUUUGCCAUCUUAAUAAUUUAUAGUUACUGAUUUUUCAGCACUUCAGUGUACAGUAUAAAAUUUAACUUAUUUGUAACAUGAUUAAGCUUUUUUACGAUUAAACGUGAUCAGUUUGUUUGACCAAAUCAAAAUCAAAUUGCUGUAGUGUUAGUUUUAGUGGUUUUAUUGAUUAUACAUCAAGAAGAGCAAAUGAAAUGGCAUCCGAGUGGAGUUACAAGGGAAUUUAGAAUUUAGUUUGAGUUAGCAAGGAAUUUGAGUUAUCCGAGUUCGAGUUAACUUAGUAAAAAUGACUGAAAAGUGGGUUUAAAAUUCAAGGGAAAUUAGACUUAGUCUGAGUUAGCGGGGAGUUCCAGUUAUCCGAGUCUUUGUUUUUGGGGUUUUACUGCAGUUACAGCUUUAAGGCAUGAAAUAUAUUUUCUAGUAAAGUUCAGUGUGUAACACAGCUGAUGAUAUUCAUGUAGCAGCGUCUAACAAUGUUUAUCAUGAGCUCACUGGCAUCAGACUCUAUAACAAAGUCAACAGUUACCGGCACUGUAUAAACAACUUAUUGACUGACUCAAGCAAAACUAACUACGAGAGAAUGACUGGACAACCGAUAAUUUUACUAACAAUACAUGACUCUUUAACUGUUACAGUAGACAGAUUGAAAUGCACCAAAUUAUGACAUUAUGACGUCUUAACAGCCAAUAACGUCACAACUUAACUGACAGACAGCCAAUGGCAUCAUGACUUAAUUGACCAAUCAGAUCAACAACCGGAGUUUAAUACCGUCAACUGACGUGAUACAGCUCACCUUGACUCUGAAGAUGACUACUGCACAGGUGGUCGAAACAUCACUCACUUGUCAACAGCAGUUCUAUUGGAGACUAUGUUCACCCAGACAAUCAUGCUCAACCUACUUAUGAAAGAAAGACAGGCAAUACUCAAUUGUGAAUUGUUGCUUUUUCUUCCAGCGUGAAAUGAGUGACUUACUGAUGGUGGCAAAGUUGCCAGAAAAUGCUUUGAUAAUUUAGCCUGAUGAUCCCUUCGACACUUUAUAAUGCAAGUUACCCAAAGAGAUCUCACCCUUUUAUGUGGACACUCAGACAGCAAGAAGUACCAAACCCCAGGUGACCUGUAGAUGGACACAUUUUAUUUCCAGCUUUAAAAAAGGUGAGCUGUUUUACUCAUUUUACUCAUUAAAAUUUGUUGAUCAGAACACUCAUUCUGCAAUGUGUAUUGAUUAAAACUCUUAAAAGGAACUAUACCUUUUUACUUUUAAGUUAAGUACGAUAAACCAUUGAUUUCCUUGAGCUCACAACCAGAACUGUUCUUAUACUUUAUCAUAAGCAUGUUUAUCAUAUUUUAUGUCUAUUUCGGAAGUGCACUAACUUCUUGAUAGAGGGAACAGACUAAUGAUAUGUUGUUCUUUGCACAGUAAUAUAAAGAAGACUGUACCCAAAACACUUUUGCCUGAGGCCACAGAAAUCAUCAAAGAGGCAAGUGUAGUCAUAGAGUCAAACCAAGCUGAUUCACUGACAGAGUGUGAGACAUUUCAACAUGUAUGCACUAAGCAUAUUUUUUCUCUUCUUUUCUCUUGUGCGUAGUUCUGUUAAAAGACGAGUUUGCAGUGUUGAAAAGCCAAAACCCAAUCUGCUAAUAAAAUAGGAACAGGUAACAUUACAUUUUUUAAUUUUUAGCACUGAACUUAACUCAAGACACAAGUUUUUCCCCAAAUGUAAAUACUUGAAUAUUGUAUUCUUGACAUCACUAUUUGCUUUCAUUACAGGUGACCAACAGACAGGUCAUCACACAUUAAGGUACAGCAUCUAUGUCAUUGUUAUCUAUUAUGUGGAUCUAAUGAGAAGUUGUACUUUAACAAAUUUGAAAGCAACUUGCAUUUUAUUACCAAAUCAGAUAUGAUAUUUUUACCUUGUCACCCACAAGAGGGCUGGGCCAGUUCUUCGGGAAGGGGAGUAGGUCACCUUAUUUUACCUCGUCACCAUUAAGCAGAGAGGACUGGGCCAGUUCUUGGGGGAGGGGAGUACGUCACCUCAUUUUUAACCUUGUCGCUGGGCAGUUCUUGGGAGAGGGGUGUAGGUCACUUUAUUUUUACCUUGUCACCAUUAAGCAGAGAGGGCUGAACCAGUUCUUGAGAGAGGGAAGUGGGUCACCUUAUUUUUACCUCGUCGCCAUUACGCAGAGAGGGCUGGGCCAGUUCUUGGGGGAGGGGAGUAGGUCACCACAUUUUUAACCUUGUCAUCAGUAAGCGUAGAGGGCUGGGCCAGUUCUUGGGGGAGGAGAGUACGUCUCCACGUUUUUAACCUUGUCAUCAUUAAGCACAGAGGGCUGGGACAGUUCUUGGGGGAGGGGAGUAGAUCACCACAUUUUUAACCUUGUCACCAUUAAGUAGAGAGGGCUGGACCAGUUCUUGGGGGAGGAAGUAGGUCACCACAUUUUUAACCUUGUCAUCAUUAAGCACAGAGGGUUGGGCCAGUUCCUGGGGGAGGGAGUAGGUCACCACAUUUCUUACCUUGUCAUCAGUAAGCAGAGAGGGCUGGGUCAGUUCCUGGGGGAAGGGGAGAAGGUCACCUUAUUUUUACCUUGUUGCCAUUAAGUGGAACAGCAUUGGGCUUUUGGUUUUAAGACAUUGUAUUAUGAAUCAGUUUGUAAACAAGAAGCGUACAGGUUACAUUUGCUGAUAAGGUUUUAUUCCCAUGGCAUCGAAUUAGAGAAAUUGCCAGUAUAUCUGCUGACUAACAGAUACUUAACGCUUGUGGUUAAAUGUGGGCCAAAGACUGCGCAAUAAAGCUUGCCAGUUACUGCUCAUUCGGAUACAUUUUGAGACAUGUGUUGACUGCACGUAAUAGUGAAAUUGCUUAUUUUUGCAGAUGAGGUUGUUUCAUGUUUUGAAAAGAUGGAGUGAUGGGAAAGAGAAAAAAAAUGCAGCAAGAUGACAAAAACAGGUGAGAUCUUUUGAACUUGUUUAAAUGUCCUUGUAUAUAGCAGUACUAAAUGACAGGAUGGAAGAAUUUUUGUUGUUCAUUUUCACACUUAACAUUCCACCCCUUUAAAGUCCUUGAAUUCAUUACCGAUCCAAAACAAGUUAGAAACCCUUAACCUAAAAUUUAUCACGAACUUGUGUAUGUUCUAUGUGUUUACUUGCUACUAAACUAUAAGCUGGCUGAACAUUAUGGAUGAACAUUAUUAAAAUCUCCAUGGAAUCCAGUAUUUCAAUAUUUAUUGAGAUACAAAUAUUAUUGACAUGUAGCAGCUGAUUCACGGUUCCCUUGUACUAACUUAGAAUGAUGGUAACUUGUAGACAAACAACCCUGAAUUUAUUGGAUUUGGAACACAAGAUGAAAACAAAGAAGUCUCAUUUAAAAUAAGGUAAGAAAUUAUGAGUUUAUCAUUAUAUGUCACAGGCUAAAUGGUCUAUGAUAGCAAAAGGCUAUCUAAACUCAUGUAUAUAAGGACGCUUAAAUACCAUGGACAAAUUUACAUGACAGGGCAAACGAAUACCGUCAACAACUGUUAAGAAUGAAUACAGUCAACAACUAGCACAAUUGAGUACCAGCUGGACAACUAAAUGCCCUGAAUAAACAUAUACAAUACAGCCAACAACCGCACACAACUGGACAACUGAAUACAGUCAACAACUGUACACUACAGAGCAACUGAAUACAUUUGACUACUGAAAACAAAAGGACAACUACCCUUAACAAAAUUUCUACCCUGUAACAGCUCUGUAGCAUCACUGGAACAGGGUUGUAAAACUAACCUGUGUCAACCCUGUUACAGCUCGUCAUUUGGCACAGUUAGCAAGGCUGUUUCUACACUGUAGCAGCCUUGGACCAGCCCUGUCACGUUUAAUGCAAAAUUUCUUAGUAGACACCCUGUAACGCCAUGUUACAACCCCGUUUCCACCCUGUGAUGGACAUUCCUGCCACAGCUCGUGAAUUGGCACAGUUAGCAAGGCUGUUUUUACACUGUGGCAUUCCUUUAACAGCCUUGGUACAGGUUUCAUGCAUCACAACCCUGUUACAACUUGUUAAGUGGCAGUUAACAAGGCUGUUUUUUUUACCAGGUGCCAAUGUUGUGAUACUCCCUCUCACACAAUAUCUACACUUUAGACAGCAGCCGUUUAACUUCUAUACAGUAGGAUUAUAGUACUAUCAGAACAUGAUUUUUUAUAACUUCAUAUCUAUUAAAGCUGAAACUUCACCUUUUUUAGGCAUAUUUGAAUUCAUGAAAAUUCCUGAAGCCAAUGAACGAUUUGCGCCACAAAAAGCUUCAAAGUUGAACCACCAACGGCUGGUUUAGUCCGUUUAGUCACUUAAGUAACAAGAACAAUGCAUUUCAACAAACAUACAUUGAAAGAACACUUUCAAUAAAGGAAAACAGUAAAUACAGUCAAUUAAGAACUUAACGUUACUUUAUUUUUCACUUGCCCAUGUUACAGUGUGUAAAAAUAUAAACAGAACAAAAUUUGAACUGCAUGCAACAGUCUGAUCUGGCUUGUAAACAUCUUGUCAUAGUUGCUUGAUUUAAUGUACAACUAGCACGUCAAAAUGCCGACUUUACAAUAACUGUCUCAAAAAACAAAAAAACAACGAUUUUUGUCAGCAAUUAUAAGAGAUGAAACGUGGAAUUGUUCCAUUGUAACAACGGUUCCGAUUUUGACAGUUUAUAAUAAUUCUUUUGUCUGGUUCGUCGUAACAAGGCUUAAUUUGAAAUCGCUCACCUCGAUCGUCUUUCCUUCAUGAUCCACAAUUUGUUACAUUUCCUCAUGAAAAGAGCCAAUCCAUUUGUGUUUCAGUUGUUGCUGCAUUAUUUCUAGGGAGGGCAAACAAUCUUUGAAUCUUGCAAGUGCCGCGGAAUGUUUUCUGUCCACUAGAUCGAUCUGUUUCCCAUUCGUUGAAAGCUGGUCAAAACACAGUUAUUUUUUUGCUAAUACUUUUUCACUCUCUGCCUCAAAAGCAGCAAAAAACGCUCUACAGUCUUUUUGAAUCCAAACUGGAUGCAGAAAACGUUUGAAUAUUUUCGCCUUGAUUCAAAUGAUCGUGAGUUGUUUCAGGAAUGAAGAUGUGUAAUGCGAUCUUCCGGUAACAGUGCUGACCAAUAAGAUUAAGGUCUUGGAUUUCUCCAGGGAAUUACUGAUUGCGUGUCUGUCACAGAAUGAAAAUAUUGAAGUUCCCUCGACAAAGAAUUUAAUUCCAUGCUUGCAGAGGUCUCUCACGCAAGAAAACAAAUUGAAGUGAUCUAAAAGUCUUUCAUUUUUAGUACUGUAAACAGUAAUUAAGUUUCGGCGUUUUUUUUAUUUAAAAGAACAGGAAGAACAGGAGCUGAUGAAAUAGGUGUUUGUAAAAGUGGUAAGUUUAUCAUAAGAAGGUCUUCGUUUUUAACAUGAGAUAAAAGUCUUAUAAAAUAUAAAGAAAGCAACUUCAAACUACAAAGGUAGCCACAAAAUCGGUAAUUAAUUAAUGUUAGUAUCAAUGAAAAAAAAAAAAAGAAAAAACGAAGCAAAUCCAAACAAAACCAAAAACAGCAUAUUUAAAAAAAAAAAAAUUUUAAAAAGGUGUACAAUAAUCGUGUUUGAUGAUUUAGCGAUACCAUUUUCACCAAGUUCUUUUUCGUUUUACUUGUUAUUAAUGAUCUAGCUGACCGUCGCACCUUUUAACACUUUUAGACUUUGAAAAAUAUUGCCAUCUUUCUAUUGAUUUAUGGAGUUUAGCGUACUUGGCUACAUUGUUACUGCCCUUUGAUUAUUAUCCAUUGUGUGAACAGAAAUAGACAUCUCAGCUCUGCAGUAACGUGGUUACUGUCAAAUGUACCUAACACAGCCAUUCUGCAUCCCUGUCCUAGUUCUUCUGCAUUAUUAGGUAGCCCUGUCUUAACCCUGUUACGGUAACUGGAUAUUUUCACAGCCAUGUAGCAGGCUUGUUACACUUAACUAUGUACACUUUUACAGCCCUGUCACAGCUCCACUUGUUUUAACUCAAGUACGUUGCAGCUGUGUCACACCCCUGUUUCAGCCAGUUUACAGCCCUGAAAUAACGCAAACAGGGCUGGAAACAGGAUUUUACAGGGCUCUCACAGGGUUUUUGCAGGGUAGAAUUUUUUCUAAGGGUAAUUACAAUCAACUACAGGACACAGCUGGACAACCGAAUGCAGUCAGCAAAUGACCCAGCAGAAGAAGUGAAUACAGUCAAAAAACUUACACCAGCAAUUAAAUACAGAUAACAACAGUGCACAGUUAAACAACAACCGGACAACUAAAUACCCUGAAAAAACAUACAAUACAGUUAACAGCUGGACAACUGAAUACAGUCAACAAUUGUACACAACUGGACGACUGAAUACAGUCAUCAACUGUAAACAACGGGACAACUGAAUACAGUCAAGGACUGUAAACAACAGGACAACUGAAUACAAUCAACAACUGUACACAACUGAACAACUAAAUACAGUCAACAACUGUACACAACUGGACAACUGAAUACAGUCAACAGCUGUACACAACUGGAAAACUGAAUACAGUCAACGACUGUAAACAACAGGACAACUGAAUACAAUCAACAACUGUACACAACUGAACAACUAAAUACAGUCAACAACUGUACACAACUGGACAACUGAAUACAGUCAACAGCUGUACACAACUGGAAAACUGAAUACAGUCACCAACUGUACACAACCGGGUUCAACCGGGGGCUGAACCCCCUCAAUAAGUCGCACAAAUUAAAUUAAACGAAACUAUUCGAAAAUAGUUUAUGGGAGUAAAUUAAAUUGACGGCUGUUUUUUUCUGACCAGGUAUCUUUGAACAUCAUAGAAAUGGUGGCCAUCAGAAGGACAAGAAGAAUUCUUCUGAAAAAUGGUGAGUUUUUUUAUUAGCAAUCACCGGGUGAUAAGUUAUGACUAAACAGAACAGCAUUCACUUAGCUUGUGUGUAGAUUUUCCAUCACUGAAAAGGGAAAAUGUAGAUGCAGUUAAAGUCUAGUGUCAUGGGAGAGGAAUUUCUUUUAUACAACAUAAGAGGAAAAGAGUCAGAGAAAAUAUAGCUACUUCGUUAAUGUUACAUCUCUUUCUCGGGCACUGCUUACGUGGCCUAGUGGGUAAGUUCGCUUUCUUUAAAUUAAACACAUGUCGGCCGCUUCUUCCCUGUCGUUGUUUAAUUUAGUUUGGAUGACUUUUUGAGGUGGUUUGGCUCCCGGUUGAACCUCCGUUGUCGGGCCAUUUUACUUUUUUUUAUUCAAGUUCCUAGAAAAAUUUUGACUUUUAAUUCUUUUUUGCCUUUUUUCUUCUUCUUUUUAAUCAGCAAGAGAGUUCUAUUAUUUUAGACUCUUUUCUUGGUUAAAGAAGAAGAAAAAAAGGCGAAAAAAAAUUUUAAGUCAAAGUUUUUUCUAAGAAUUUGAAGAAAAAAAAGUAAAAUGGCCCGACAACGGGGGUUCAACCGGGGGCUGAACCCCCUUGAUAAGUCACUCAAACUAAAUUAAACGGCGGCAGGGGGGAAGCGGCCGCCUUGUGUUUAAUUUAAAGAAAGUGAACUUAUCCACUAGGCCACGCAAGCGUUGCCUGAGAAAGAGGUGCAAAAUUAACCUAGAAGUAGGUACAGGCUCUAUUGUUCUCAGUAAAUAACGUUGAUUAGUCAUAAUUUAUUCACAUCCCGUGCGGAAUGUCAGUGCGUGAAGAAUGUUUAUCGCUUUGUAGAAUAUUCAAUGAUUUUAGGUCGUAAACACCAUGUAAUAUGAGCGAAAUGUUGAAUUUUCUUUUUUUCUGUUUCUAGUGAUCCACACGGCUACAAGAGAAGAAGAGACUUUCAAGAUUCUUUUUAAGAAAUCACAGAAGAAAAGAAAUAAAGUUAUAACUUUACUGUCGUUGUUUCAUAGAAUAUAGGACAAACGA